AUGUCUAUAAAAGCAGCCGACAUUGAUUCAACUUCUUUUUUUAUUACUCCUCCCGCCUUUUUAUCUUUCGGAUAUCUCAGACCACAAACAUUUAAGUUCUAUUUCACGAUUUUGUUUACAGCAGCAGCCAAGGCCAGCAGACAUCAGCAGCAGCUAGAGCCAGCAGAGCAGUCCGGCCUAUCAGCCCAGACAUCAUCAGCAGCAGCAGCAGAGCCAGCCAGACAUCAGCAGCAGCCAAGGCCAGCAGACCGCAGCAGCAGCCAAGGCCAGCAGACAUCAGCAGCAGCUAGAGCCAGCAGAGCAGUCCGGCCUCCGCAGCAGCAGCAGCUAGAGCCAGCAGAGCAGUCCGGCCUCCUCAUCAGCAGCAGCCAAGGCCAGACAUCAGCAAGCAGUCCGGCCUCCACAUCAGCAGCAGCAGCAGCUAGAGCCAGCAGAGCAGUCGCCUCGGCCAGCAGCAGCAGCCAAGGCCAGACAUCAGCAGUAGCCAAGGCCAGCAGACAUCAGCAGCAGCAAGGCCAGCAGACAUCAGCAGCAGCUAGAGCCAGCAGAGCAGUCCGGCCUCCACAUCAGCAGCAGCAGCAGCUAGAGCCAGCAGAGCAGUCCGGCCUCCUCAUCAGCAGCAGCCAAGGCCAGACAUCAGCAGUAGCCAAGGCCAGCAGACAUCAGCAGCAGCCAAGGCCAGCAGACAUCAGCAGCUAG